UGGCCUCUGCUCUGAGGCCUCCGAUCGAGGUUCCCCAGCGCUUGCAGCAGACUUGCCCUUGCUUGCAGCAUCGGCUAAGCCGAACAUGUCAUGUCACGUGGAUGCAGGGGUAACCACAUAUUCGUGAAUGUUCUCGACUCAAAGCCGUUCAGCUUCGACGCCCGCGCGGCACGCGCAGUCGUGAUCGCUUCAUCCAUCACUCGUGACAAACUCAUCAGUCUUCUGACAACACCCUCACUUCCUUUGACACGCAUACACAUACUUCGCUCAGCGCUUCUCGUUGGCCUCUACGUCCAGAAUCACGCCCUGGAGGUGAUCCGAAAUGAUGAGCCAGUAGGAUGCAGCGGCUCAGCGAAGGUCACCUCGUCAAAGGUCUUGUACCCGCUGCCCCAAGACGCUAUCCUGACGGCCACACAAAGUCUCUUGCGUUCUGACUCGCAUGGCCGAAGAGGCUCUUGCCUAUCACGGGCAAGCAUUGUAGAUAAACGUGAUGCACCUGACCAAGCCACAAAGGAAGGCGUGUGCAUCGUGCGCGAUUACGGUCAAGUAGCUCGAGUGCACGCACGCAUGAGGUCUGGUCACGUUCUUGCCACUCCAGCAAGGGUUGUCAUGAUUUCAAAAUUUAGCAGACCACGCGGUAUCACGCCGCUAAGCCUAGCAUUAUGGCAUAUGCGAGACCUCUUCGUCUGGUCAUGCACACGAACUUGCCAUGGUGAAGAGAGAAUUCAGACUCUUCAUGGACUCAGCUCGACUUGCUCGCUCGCUCAUGCGCGAUCUUGCUCGUGCUUGACCACGUCUUGUCUCGCCACCUGGCGAGGCGUAAGGGCAAAGCGGAUCGCUCGCUGGUGACUGCUGAUUGCAACUCAGACGCAUGCAGACCUGCAAAAACCACGCGGUGCGCCGACGCUAAACUUGCAUGAGCGACAUCGGGCUUGCUCGAUGAGAAAAUCGCAGAGCACAGAGCACAACAUCACUCGACGGGUCGGUGGCGGCGAGCGCUCAGUCCCCUCGACCUCGGUGCUUGAUGAGCAUCUGAUGGCUGGGAAGCAUUCGAGGAUUUGCUCAACAGCUAUUCACGUGGAGCAAAGCAAGCAAGCGGCCUAUCGGUCAAAUGGACUUGAGUAAGCCCAUCAACUCGAGCUUCAAGACUCUCAAGUUUGAUUCGCAGAAGCUUGCAGGAGUAGCGCCAACAAGCCAUGCGCUUUCUGCAGUCA